UUUUUAAGUUUUGCUGUCUAUUUCUUUUCCUUCAGCUGUGUGCACGAGCACCCAUGAAUGGACCAUGACCCAAACAAUCCAAGAGCUUCACUUGGGUGUUCUGGGAGGUCUUUGCAGUGGGAAGUCUGCUCUGGUCCACAGACAUCUGACAGGAAGUUACCUACAGCUGGAGAAUGUUGAGGGACGCCAGUACGUUAAGGAUGUUCUGGUUGAUGGACAGAGCCACCUGUUGUUAAUCCGAGAAGAAACAGAACUCCCAGAUGCUCAGUUUGCAUCUUGGGUGGAUGCAGUUAUCUUGGUCUUCAGUUUGGAAAAUGAGACCAGCUUCCAAGAAGUUUACAAAAUUUACCACCAGCUUGCAAUCCAUCGGCCUGUAUCAGAGAUAGCUUUCAUAGUGGUCGGCACUCAGGAUAAGAUCAGCAGCACCAACCCCAGAGUGAUCGAUGAUGCCAGGGCCAGGCAGCUCUGCUCAGAUGUGAGGCGCUGUACCUACUACGAAACCUGUGCGACGUAUGGCCUCAAUGUGAACAGAGUAUUCACAGAUGCUGCUCAGAAAAUCAUUACGGCCAAGAAGCAAGCUGCUCUUCUGGCUUCCUGUAAAUCCCUCCCAAACUCUCCCAGUCACUCUGGAGGCUCCACCCCAGUGUCAGGAGUGUUUCCAGGACAGGCCAGUAAUGGUGGACAGAGCAGUGAUUACUCCUCAUCACUGCCCUCCACUCCUGUGAUCAGCCAUAAAGAGAUCGGCAAGGCAGGGAAACAGGAAGGGGCCACGCCGGGGUCAGUUCGCAGCGCCACACGGAGACGCACACCCCGAUUUGCGGGUCGCAGAGGCAGUGACUCAAACAGAAGGAGUGCAGACUUUAAGGGCGAUCUGGGCAGUGGACGCUGCAUUCCCAUCAAACAGGGCAUCUUGCUGAAACGCAGUGGGAACUCGCUCAACAAAGAGUGGAAGAAGAAGUAUGUGACGCUGUCCAACGAUGGCAUACUGUCCUAUCACUCCAGUGUCAAUGACUACAUGCUGAACACCCCUGGGAAAGAGAUGGACCUCUUGCGAGUGACAGUGAAGGUGCCAGGAAAGAGACCGCCUCGUGCCAUACCUGCUCCACCCACCUGUGGUCUUCCAGCUGGGCUCAACGGGCGUGUCAAAGAUGUACCAGGACAAGAAGGUGUCAACCCAGUCCCUGUAAGCGCCAGCAGCUUCCUGCAGGUGGAGGAGAUGGAGGGACUGGGUGGCGCACUGUUCCUGAGGAGUAACAGAGGAGUGCAAUGCCCCUCCACACUGUCCAACCACGCUCAUAGUGUUGACUCUGCAGUCGAGGGUGUCUCCAGCUCCUCCUCCACCAAAGACUUCGGCUCCUCUUCUCCGGUGACGGACAGGAAGAAGCAUCGCAGAAAGAAAAGCAUGAACAUGAAAGGAGAUGCAACGCUCGGACAAGCAGACGCCAAGCGCAAAAUGUGGAAACUUAAAAGCUUUGGUAGCCUGAGAAAUGUCAGCAAGACAGAUGAGGAUAACUUUGAUUUCCUUGUGGUGUCGAGCACUGGCCAGACAUGGCACUUUGAAGCCCAGAGUGUGGAGGAGAGAGACUCCUGGGUCCAAGCCAUCGAGAGCCAGAUCCUGGCCAGCCUACAGUUGUGUGAGAGCAACAAGAACAAGGCUCGCAGGAACAGCCAGAGUGAAGCAGUGGCUUUGCAGGCAAUCCGCAACGCGAAAGGCAACAACUUCUGUGUAGACUGUGAUGCUCCAAACCCAACCUGGGCCAGUCUGAACCUGGGUGCUCUCAUUUGCAUCGAGUGCUCAGGGAUCCACAGAAACUUGGGGACUCACGUGUCACGUGUCCGCUCUCUGGACCUCGAUGAUCUUCCACGAGAGCUCACGUUGGUUCUCAGCGCCAUCGGCAACCACAUGGUAAACAGUAUAUGGGAGGCACGGACGUUCGGCCACCGUAAACCUGCACCCGAUGCAACACGUGAGGAGCGGGAGUCGUGGAUCAGGGCCAAGUAUGAGCAGAAACUCUUUGUGGCACCGUUGCCUCCCCCCACUCCUGGCGAGGGUCCAGACAUCACGCUCUCUGGCCGUCUUCUCCUGGCAGUGAUGGAGCACAACCUCCCCAAGCUGCUGCUCCUUUUGGCCCACUGCACUAAGGAGGACAUGAACGCACCCCUCAGCCUGGCUAUCUCCUCCAGGUCGCUCAUGGCGCUUCGACUGCCUGGCUCCGCCCUGCACGCUGCCUGUCAGCAGGGGGACGUGGUCAUGACACAGCUGCUGCUUUGGUAUGGCUGUGAUGUUCGAUACCGGGACACUCAGGGGCAUACGGCGCUGGUCCUGGCUCGUGGUGCCGGCAGUCAGGAGUGUGUCGACAUCUUGCUCCAGCAUGGGUGUCCAAAUGAACUCUCUCCCUCUGUCACCUCGGCGGCAGCUGCCAACACAUGCAGCUUCCCUGUUGCCAUGACACCGAGCCUAACAGUUGCCACUACACUGAGGAUUUCGCACAAGAGCGGCGCCACCAGUUUGAGCUACAGCACCACAAGACGAGCAGUGUCAUAAUGUGUGUGUGUGUGUGUGUGUCUGUGUGUGUGUGUGUGUGUGUUUAUGUUUAUGUGUGUGUGUGCUUGGGUGUGCGUGCGUGUGAUUGAACCAAAACAAAAAGAGGAGGUUUCCUGACUACACUUUGUACGCAGAUGCUAAGAAAAAGAAAACCUUACAUCAAGAUGCCUCUGCAUUCAGAUUUCAAAUGAAUGUAUUGCACUGUAUACCAGCUGGUAUGAUUUAUAUUUCAUCAUGCAGUCAAUAUUCUUCUCUUAAUUAAGAACAGGAAUUUGCCUUUGGCCUCAAACAGCAUUGCUGAGCAUCUCAAGGCCAGAGGAAAAGAACUGCAAUGAGUCUACAACUUUCAAAUCCGUCUUUCUCUGCUUAGAAUUCCAAUGUCAAACACGUCCACACAUCCUAACUCUUGACAGCGAAUGUGAGUUUGCAUACGUUCAACACAGCUGGUUGUCCAGUGCUUAAACAAUGUUGUGUGUGUUGGAAAAAAAAAAAAACUUUACAGUGGCUGAAAAAGGGGGCUGUUUUAAAGAUAAUCAAAAAUACCUGUAUAGAAAUGCAUUGAUAAAAAAUAUUAUAAUUCUAAGAAAUUUAAAAGUGCUUUGUUUGAAAGAUUGUUAUUAUAUGAUUUGUACAGUUGUUUCUGUGUAUAAAACUCAAAGAGUUCCUCAUAAGCUGACCAGAGAUUUACUGUGCAGCCUCAUGGUUUCCUUUAAUAACCGCCUGAUUAACUCUUUGACAUCCCAGACUGAGAUUUCUAUGUUCUGUUCGUAUCACUGUGUGUGACAGAAACACUGUACAAGACGCGUGCAUUAUGACUCCAGCAGCAGCAGUUCAUUAAUCAAGGCAAGUGUUUUACUAGAUGUGCAACUGAACAAGUGAAAUGCCUUGAUUUUGAUUGAAUGUAUACAAAAACUGAUGGUUUGAGUUCUUUAUUUCAAAAACUAAUGUGUUUUAGAGAGCUAUUCUGUUUUGAAGGACUGCAUUUUAUUUUUUAUUUAACUACUUUUCUUCCUCCUGUGACUAAUUAAAUUGUGUGAUAUAGAAGAUUUAAACUUGGCAAAGGUUCUGAGCUAUAAAACCAAGCCUUUGAAGACUAGGUGGUUGAAAAAUUAACAUGAAAUAGAGGAAUGUUGCCCGAUCUAAUAUUUGAAAAAGGCAUAAAAAAAACCCAACUCUCCUGCAGUACUGUAUGUAUUUUUGUGUUAAUCUAAAGACUCAGCUGAGUGUAUAUGUCUGUGAUGUUAGCAUCUCUCCAUUUGUAUUUUUUUACUCAUGCAAUGACUCAUAGAGCAUUCAUUAUCAAUACACUGAGGCUGAAGCCCAA